AUGGCGGCUCCGGAUUCGCAGUGCGCCUCCACAGAAAUCACCUGCGAAUCCGGAGCCGCCAUGGCCGCCUCGUUAGCCAACGGCGGCCUCUGCCCGCUGUCAGGUGACCAGGUGCUGUCGCCGGCGGCAACGCGGAGCAUGCUGUCCAUGAUGCAGGUGGCGGGAAUGAAGGAUUACUCCACCACCUUCCACUACAAGACGUCGGUCCCGGCCGUGUCCAGCAGCCACGGCUCCCUGCUGGCGGUGGUUCCUGGUGUUUUGGGUCUGGUGGCGCUCUCUCCGGAGACGGACGCCUGCGGGAACCCGUGGAGGGCCGUCCACUUCUGCCAGGAGCUGAUUUCCACGUUUCAGCUGCACAGUUUUGACAUCAGGACUCCGUUCAGACAGAUUCUGGCCUACAGACAGUGGAAGACUGAAUCUGAGGGAUACCAGAUCAUGAACGUCCUGCUUGCGGCUUUUAAAGGGAACGUCCAGGCCCUGAGGAGGUACUUCCUGUCUGGAGUCGAUGUAAACGCCGUCGAUUAUGACGGCAGGUCGGCUCUGCACGUGGCGGCCGCCGAAGGUCACGCUGAGGUCAUCCGCUUCUUGUUGGAGAACGCCGGAGCAAACCCCGCCCUCAGGGACAGGUGGGGGAGCUCUCCUCUGCAGGAGGCCAGGAGGCACAACAAGGAGGCUGCAGUCCAGCUGCUGCAGGGAUCCACCUGACCCCCAAACUGACCCCAAAACUGACCCCAAAACUGGCCCCCAA